GAUGGAAUAUUCACUUCAUCACUAAAGAAAGACGGGCACUACAAAGAAGGGAAGAACCGCGAACAGACAAAACGACAACGUAACAGUACCCACCUAUUUCUCUCUUUCUAUCUCUACAUACACUACAUACACACGAACGAACAAUCUAGGGCAAACGAUUAUUGAGAAAUAAAUCAUUUCUUAGUGUUGAAAUGAGUCCAGAGAGGAUUCAAGGGAGCUGUGUUGCUAUUCGUGCGUUCAGUCCUUCAUCGUCUUUUUCCAAAUGCAGUCAUUCUAAUUCUGUUUCGUCAGAUGAUGCAACCUGUGGUAAACCAUUGUGGAUGGGAAAAGGCCUCACUUGUGUUUGCUUCAAUCGAAAGGGAAGCUUUGCACGAAUUUGCAUCCAUUUGACACCCCUACAGGAAGAGAGACUUAGAAGGUUGAGACACAGAACAAAUGUAUACUUCGAUGCAUCCAGACCAGACCAUCAGGAAGCUUUGAGGGCACUAUGGUCUGCUACAUACCCUGGUCAGGAGCUGCAAAGUUUGAUAUCUGAUCAGUGGAAAGAAAUGGGAUGGCAAGGAAGAGAUCCAUCGACAGACUUCAGAGGAGCUGGGUUCAUUUCUUUAGAGAACUUACUGUUUUUUGCCAAGACAUUCUGUACAUCCUUUCAAAGUCUAUUGAAGAAGCAAGCAGGCAAAAGAGCUGUUUGGGAAUAUCCAUUUGCUGUCGCUGGUGUAAAUAUCACGUUCAUGAUCAUGCAGAUGCUUGAUCUAGAUGCCACAAAACCCAGAAAAUUUAUUAGAUCUGUUUUUCUACAGAUGUUGUCUGAGAACGAGUGGGCUUUUGACUUGCUAUAUUGUGUGGCUUUCGUGAUAAUGGAUAAACUGUGGCUGGAGAAAAAUGCAACUUACAUGGAGUUCAAUGAGAUUCUGAAAUUGGCAAGAUCUCAGCUGGAGAAAGAACUUCUGAUGGAAGAUGUAUUGCGAAUUGAGGACAUGCCUUCCUAUACCCUUCUUUGUUAAUGUAAACUGACCUAAAAUCAACACUAUACACAAUACGACAGACAAUAAUUUAACUUCUUGCCUGUAUUUAGGGUGUGUUUGAGCCCCUUUAAUUUUGAAAAAUGUAUUAUGGAAUAGUAGAUUAAU